AUGCUGCAGCCGGUGAUUACAGAUGACGAACAGAUGAAUCACCGAGGGGAACGUCCCUUCUCCUGCCCUCACUGUGAGAAGACGUACAGCCUGAAGCGGGACCUGAAGGAGCACCUGGUGCUACACUCAGGGGAGAAGCCGUAUGUCUGCCAUCACUGCGGGGAAGCCUUCGCACGCUGGCCGUCCCUACGCAUUCACCGCCUCCUGCACUGCAGCAGAGUGACCUACACUCAGACUCCAAAGGUUCAGUGUCCGCUCUGUCCCAAGCUGCUGGCUAACGGCGGCUCUCUAAGGAACCACAUGAAGCUGCACACGGGGGAGAAACCUCACAACUGUCAGCACUGUGGGAGGAGCUUCAGUCAGAAAGGUAACCUGGAGUCUCACCUGAGGAUCCACAGUGGAGAGAAGCCGUAUCACUGCUCCGACUGCGAUAAGAGUUUCUCUCAGAAGACCGAGCUUCGUCGUCACAUGUUCUGUCACUCAGGGGGAGGACGGUUCCUCUGCAGCUUCUGUGGAAAAUCUCUGAGAGACCCCCACAGCCUGAAGUCCCACGAGAGACUGCACACAGGAGAGAGACCACACCGCUGCCCUGUCUGUGGGAAAGGCUACACGUUGGCCACCAAACUGAGGAGACACAUCAAAACUCCCCAUGCUGCAAAGAAACCAUUCAGUUGUCACUGUGGAGCCUCGUACACCGUGAGACAGAGUCUGCUCAGACACCAGGCACAACACCCCGUAGAUGGAGGGGCCAAUAAAGAGAGGGCGGAGUCACAGGGAGGACCUCAGGAGGAGGGGAAGGGGGAGGGGUCACAGAAAGGAAACGGAGAGGACACUGACAGCAACGAGAGAGUGUAUUUACAAUCAGAGGACGACCCAGGAAGUACUCGCUCCCAGGGGAGAACAGGGCGGGGCAAGGGAAGAGGAGGAGGAUUCAGGGAAAAGAAGAUGCAGCAGAAAGAGAAGGAGAGAAGGAGGCUUUGGAGUUCUGCCCCUCUGAUGCUCACAACCGAUAACUCGCUGCCAGGUGGGGCAGGAUCAGAGCUGGUGGAGGUGGUUAUAUCUGAUGAGGCGGAGCAGUGCAUUGUGGUCCAGGGGCAGCAGACGGUUGGAGAGCUGCUGAUCCUUCAGGAUUAA